AUGCAGCCCCAGGGCAUCAUGCACCUCGAGAGCGAUGCGUGGUGGGGCCGGGUCCUUAAUCCAUUCAACAUCUACCUCUCCGCCGGCGGCUCGACUGGCGGCGAAGCAGCGCUCAUAGCUAUGAAGGGAUCGGUCAUGGGCGUCGGCACCGACAUUCGCGGUAGCGUCCGCGGACCCUCGGCCUUCUGCGGCAUCUACGGCUUCAAACCCACCUCGUACGUUCUACCCAUGAAAGACUUCCUGGGAGUUUUCCCGGCCGAACUCAACGUGCUCUGUUCGACGGGGCUCAUGUGCCGCACCAUGCGAGACAUGGAGCUCUUCACCAGCACCAUUCUCGGGGUCAAAUUCUACCUCGAAGAUCCCCGAAUCAUUCCCAUCCCUUGGACCGGUCUGAAAACCCCCGUCCCGAAGCGUCUGAAGAUUGGCGUCAUCGCCCACGACAACUACAUUGACCCGCAACCACCUGUCAAGCGAGCCGUAGCCUGGGCGAAAAGUCUUCUCUCAGAUCCCAAGUACGCCGACGUUUUGGAAGUCAAGGACUUCACGCCCUAUGGCGCCCAGGAAGCCUGGUCCAAGAUUCGCCGCAUGUACUGGCCAGACGGCGCCCAGGGUCCCAUCAAGGCCAUCACGUCCACGGGAGAGCCCAUCCUCCCGCUCAGCGCUUAG